AUGCGGUUGUUAACGUUCCUUCCCGGUGCGCUGUUGCUCCUUGCGCAGCCGGUAGUCUCGCGCCUCAGCCCCUAUAAUCCUGACGACAAUCUCCGCCCGGAUAAUGUGACCGGACUAGACUACAAAUAUUACGAUCAGAUCGGCUCAUACUACAAUGGCACGCUCACGAUCUAUCUCGAACCAAAGUAUAAUCCCACCCCUCAGCCCUACACUGGGCGCAUCUGCCGAGAGGAGUGGGAGAACAAGACGCUUGAGAUCCCCAUGAAAGCCAUCGCAGGGUUCCAGGAGGUCGCGCCGAAAGCCCCCUCAGUCAACCCGUUCUUUCUCAACAUCGACGCCUGGGAUAAGCAUUACAACCUCUCCAACAACUACCAGACGGCUAAUUAUAGCGAUUUCGAGGAGAACCGAAUCACCACAAAUACAGACUACGACGGCAACAGCACCUGGUACUUCAACAUCACAGACAACGACACCGCACUGUGGUACAAAUUCGGCGGCCACAUGACGACUUUCUUCCCGGGGUACCAGCAGUUCAAAUACAAUGUGUCCGGGCUCUGUGAUGGCGGCCCUGGAGAAUCGCUACUCUUUGAGGGUGCAUUCCUGUCCCCUGAUUCCCGUGUCGAGUACGACUGGACAGACAACCCGAUCCCUGUGCCCACUAUUCGGGGAUCAUUCAAUGAGAACCAAGCCAGUGUUGAGAUGUCGGGUCUGUUCCGUGCAGCCAGUUCCACUACGGAGAUGGUCGGCGAGAUCCGAAUGAGUUUUGACGGGCUGGUCGAUAAGGAACGAUCAGAUCAACUGUUCAUGAGGAAGAAACAGCCUGAGUGGAAUGCGACGCUUGGGUUUGAGGUUGGCGCCGUCGGUGGCGCGGAAGAAUCGGCUGGGAACCCUGUUUCGCCAGGGUGGCUUGGUAGGUCAAUGUUGUCUGCGGCGCUGGUCGUUGUUAUUAUGGUUUGGUGA